CUUUAACCAGCGCAGCCACCUUUGGACCUCUCCCUGCUGCCAGUCCCCACCCCUCACCUUCAGGAAGAGGACAGGUAGGAGACGCUGCGGGGACAUGCUGCACACCUGAGAGCUGUACAUAGAGUGCCAGGCGACCUCUGCUCCUGUGCCACCCUGGCAGAAAAGAGGGAUCCGGAUGUGCAAAUUGCGGGCAAGGUCGACAGCGAGGCCAUGAAGCUCUACAUCCGUGACGUCAGCUCCAACGACAGCCUGCUCCUCACUACUCUCUCACCAACCACACCAGUCUCUGAGGGUAGAAGUUGGCCGUACUUGGUGGGAUUCGUGCUGGUAGCCAUCACCAUCUCCCUUCUCAUCGCUGUUGUGGCCAAGUGCAACCUCUUCCGCCGCUAUUUACGCAGUUAUCGACAUCACCCACUGCCCGAGAACGAAUGGAUCACGGAGUCUCAAAAUGAGCUGCCAGGCGUCCCUCACACACAGGAUGAUGAGGACGGGUAUAUAGAGGACAAUUAUAUCCAACCUGAGGACCAUCAAGAAGAGUUGGACGAGGAGGAUGAUCACAUCCCACCCGAGGAACUUUAAGAUAUGGACCUUCAAGCUUCUUGCACUUUCUUAUUUGGGUUCUGUACAUGACUUUGAAGGAGACCAUGGUCUACAAAUCUAAUAACCUGACCUACUUGGUGGUCUGGCCAUCUCCUGGUGGUCUGGUAGGCCCACGAGGAGCAAGUGCCACCAGUCCCAGGAUGGCUGCAGCAGGAUUUUUUUACUGUUGUACCCCAUGGUUGUUGGACAUAUAGACAGAAUCCAGAUGAUGUAUCUGAAGAUUAUGUCACUUAUGAAGCAUUGAGAUGAUUGCUUGGCUUCUUAUCAUCAUCAAUGGUCAACACUCCAAAUACUCCAAUCACACCGACACUCCAUUCACAACCAAAUCUCUGGUUUUCUCAGGGUCUUUUCAGCUCAGGGGUUAAUAAAAAAUAAAUAAAUGUC